AUGAAAGGAUUGGUUAUUCUAGUCAUGCUAGGUGCUAUUUAUGGGUUUAUUGAGCAGUACAAGCCAAACUCGCCUAUAAUUAUCAUAAAAGAAUUGAAAAAGUCAACUGUGACUUUAUCCGAUGCCAAGGUGUAUCUUAGAAAAAAUGACUCCUCCAAGUGGAUGGAGCCAAAGGAGUUUUACAGCAUGGAUGAAGAUGCCAGCUCUACUAUGUCAGAUGAGCACUACAGAGACAUUCGGGUGGAAAUGGCUGUCUUUGAGUCUCCGUCAAAAGACUGGAAGGCAUUAACAAAAGUAGGAGUGGAUGUGUACACUUCUAAAAACACACAGCAUGGAUCAAAAGUAAACUUUUUAUGGACAUCUACACACGAGAACUACCAUAUGUUUUUAUUCAGAGUGUACAUUGACCCUAAUCCGAAUGUUGAAAUCGGAAUAGAUGUAGUGACAUAUGAAGGGCGCCCUGAGGAUCCCAGCAUAUAUUCGCACACAGACUCUCAGAUAAAGAACAAAGAGAAGAGAAUAGCUGAGUGUAUAAAUGUAUCAAAAGAAAUAUUAGACCUGCAGGAGAUAGACAAAACAGACGAACAGCAGUACAAAAAACUGUCUGGUGAAAUAUUCAAGAUCAUACUGCUGGCAGUCUUCUUAAAGAUAGGUGUGUUUAUCGGCUCAUUUUUAUUUAUCAACAAAAAGAUACAACAGUUCUACAUUGAUAAAAAGAUUGUUGUGAAGAGUUAA